UCGAUUAUUAUCGUUUGAUAUGGUCCUUUAUCGUGCCAUAACUAAUUAUUUUUAAGAUAAGAUUUGAAUUAAGAUAGUAUUAUGAUAGUAUUUAUGUAGCGGGCCAAAGAAAUUUUUAUAUUAAUUGUUUGAUGAUUAAAAUAGAGCAGUAUUCUAGUAAUUAAAACGAUAUAUUAAUUGAAUGAAUUCAAUAUGGACUACGAUUAUCUUAUAAAACUUCUCUGUGUUGGUGAUUCCGGCGUUGGAAAAACGAGCUUUUUGUAUAAAUACACUGAUGGAGUUUUUCACACUCAAUUUAUUUCAACAGUUGGUAUUGAUUUCCGGGAGAAAACUGUGAUAUAUCAACAAAAUUCUAGACAGCAUCGCAUUCAUCUACAGCUUUGGGAUACAGCUGGACAAGAGAGAUUCAGGAGCUUAACAACAGCUUUUUAUAGAGAUGCAAUGGGUUUCUUGCUUCUCUUUGAUUUAACCAAUGAGGCUUCUUUCUUAGAAGUUAGGAAUUGGAUUGAGCAAUUGAAGACGCACAGUUUGAGUGACGACCCUGACAUAGUUCUUUGCGGUCACAAAUGUGACCUUCAAGAGAAGAGACUAGUCAAUCAGAAUCGAGCUAGAGAAUUUGCAAAAAACUAUAAUCUGCCAUACUUGGAGACGAGUGCCAAAACGGGACAAAAUAUUGAGCGUGCCACUGAGAUACUCCUGGAUAGAAUUAUGUACAGAAUGGAGUCGUCAGUGGAAUAUGCUAUGCUAUGUGCGUCUGGACGUAGGAGGCAAUCAUUACAAAGAUUACAAGCGAAACAAGACAGGAAGCUGUGUUUGUGUUAAUUUUACGGUAACAUUCAAUUAAGUACAAGAUCUGAUUUGAGACUGAUUUUCAUUAAAUCAUAUUCAUCGUUCAAUGUCAAGUAGGAUGUGCCAAUAUUCAGAUUUUCUCAAAGCAUGAACCAGAGAAUUGUUGCAAGUAAUAUGAAAUAUUACGAAUUGUUUUUUUUUUUAUUUGCAUAUUUAUCGAGACUGUUAUGUAGGAGGUAGUGAUGACAGAAUAUGAAGGAAAUUUUAAAAAUUAUGCCCAAAAAUUUGAUUUGAAAUGUAAUUUGGGGGUAACUUUGGCUUGAAUCUUAAAUGCAUAGAAGUUUCCUAAUUCGUUGUUAUUUAUAUAUGUAGAGUUUUAUCUAUUUCUUGUGCAAUGUUUUGUAAACAUACAAAUUUGUUAUGUGAUAUCAACAAAAUAUAUCUACUAUUGGACUUUUCAUUAUGGAAAUCUUCGUCCGGUAGUGUUAGGUUAUUGGCAAAGUUCAACAAUUUUCAGAGUAAUUAUUAAUUUUAUAUAAUGUAUAUAUUUAUAGUUCCAUUUAUUGUAAAGAAAAUGUAUGAAAAAACAGUUUUCUGUUAUGUAAUUUAUAUUUGUGUGCUUAUACGGUUGCUUUUGUGAUGUUUUGUGUGCUUGCCUAAUUUUAUUUAAUGCAGGGUAUUCUAGUCAUUUUUCUGCACAAACGCUUAUGUUCAAAAAAAUUUUUAAAUUUUUACAUAUGUUAAGUUAAUUCAAUUUAUGUAACAAUUUUUUCAUAUCACCAUUUGUAAUCGUGUUGAAUUUUGAACUAUAAUGAUAAGUUUUUUGUAUAACUUUACCUGUUGUAUAAUAUUUCUCUUUACAAAUUGUAUACUAUAUCGUUCAUAUAAUUCAUAAAAUUUCUUAUUAAAUGACCACAUAUGUGAUGUGAGAUAUUUUAUUUGAAUAAUUAAUUAUGUAGAAGUUUUGUGAUCUGGUUUCAGAAAACGAUGAUGCGAGUGAAACGUUUUUGGAUAUUAGACAAUUUACUGAAAAUUUUUAGAAAAAUAUUCGAUUUAUUUAUAUAAGCAGGUUUUUAAUCGCAACUUAGGAUUUGGAAAAUGGUUAACUAUAAAUAUAUUUCCAGCCCGCUCCUUAGUUUUUGCCAAGCGCUUUUGACGUUACCCCAUCUCUACAACUGAAAGUAAUGCGACAUGCGAUAGACGAACGAAAAAAUUUCACUCGAUGUUAAUGAAAGUUUCACUUUAAUUGUAAAUUAUUUCUUUCACUUAAUAAUUUUGAUUGUAAUGAUUUGUAUGGAUCGGUAUACUUGGAGCCAUUCGACCAAAGAUAAUUUUUUAAUGUCAAUUUGUGUACAAAUCUGUACGACUAUUGCUUUUUGAUGUAUUAAAUUGAAUUAAAUUAUUUAAACUAC